GGUUCAUCCAAAGGUUUAUUGAAAAAUGUUUAUGAUUGUAUUGAGUGUCCUAUUUGCAAUGAAAUAAUGGCAGCACCAAUGAUACUUCAUCCUUGUGGACAUACGGUUUGUUAUUGCUGUUUAAAAGAAUGGUUUAGCAAUAAUUUAUCAUGUCCAUAUUGCAGGGAAAAAAUUUUGAUUGAGCCGUCGGUGAAUUUUGUUUUAAAGACGAUUAUAAACUCCUUUUUCAAGACAUCAGUUGAGAGUAACCCCAAAAUCCUGGAUAUUGUGAAAAAUAUUAACGAGAAAUAUCUGGAAACAUUUGAUAAGGAUCUUAAAGAGAAGCGACUUUUUAAAUCAAUAUUUAGUAAAAAGAAAAAAAACACUGCAGUGGUUCGGUAUGAUUCAGAUGAUGAUGUGUUGAGGUGUAGCAAUUGUGGAUUUGAGAUUUAUUCAUCAAGAAUAAGUAGGUGUGAGCACUGCGGGUGGGUGUUGAUUCGAAAUGAAAGAGGAGUUAAUGAUUAUACGGAUUAUGAA